AUGACCCUCGGCUCAACCCCGGAGACCGCUGCUAUUGAGCGGGUACAGGCUAUGCUCAUGCUUGGGCUUUAUGAAUGGGGGCAGACAGGACCACAACCAGGGGCCCUUGGAGCCUGGAUGUCCAUCGGUGGUGCCAUCAGACUGGCUCAGUUCUUGAAGCUGAGCCUCGUGGAUGAGCCGACCGGGUCAGCAAACGCACGUGCCGGCCAAGAUCCUUCCCGGGAACCGCACUUGAUUCUCGAACGUGAAAUUAUGCGGCGCACUAUGUUUGGCUGCUUUAUGCUGGACCGCAUGCUUGCGUGUGGGAAAGGCAGGGUCACCAUGAUUCAACGUGAGGACCUCUGCAUUCAACUGCCCUGCUCCGAGGAUAAGUUUGACCUAGAGAUCGAGCUUAACACGGGAAUGCUGCCCUCGCGUAGUUGCGAGCAAGAAGAGCCCCGCCAAACCAAUGACGACAGUAUACUGAGCAGGUUUAUCCAUCUGGUCGACAUUUGUGGGGACAUCUCCCGGUAUAGUUCGGAUGGUGGCCGCCUGACAGAAAAACACCCACCCUGGGAUUCGCGGACGGCUUUCUACAAGCUCAAUCGACGGCUUCAGCAAUUUGAUGCAUCUCUGCCCGGUGCCUUCCGGUUUUCGGAAUCCAACUAUCAGUACCAGGUUCUGAUCUGCCGUAGACCCGAGUGCCGACACGCCAUCUCACCACAUGGAGCCCAGGUUACUGCACAUCGCUGGAACAAGCACAGCGUUCCGCUAGCCGACCGAUUAGGACUUACAGAGCGUAUACGCGACAACUACCCUCAAGGCUUCCGCAGGCCUACAGAUGCGGUUCUACCUCCCUGUGGUUCCAAGCCACAUCCGGAUCUCCAGAUCUAUGAUGGCUUCAGCUGCCGCAAGUGCGUCUUCUUCACGACUAGCUUCCACGAGCUUACAAGGCACCUCUCUCACAACCACCUCGACGGGGAAACCGCGACCCGGCCGCGAAUCGGCCUGCUCUACGACGACGUUUACCUACAGUCUUGGGCGGGCGGGCCUGAUCGACGAUAUUGGACCGUUACUGGUGCAGAUGGGAGUACAGUCCGGCCAGUGCCCGGCCGUGAACCCGAACGGCAUUCUCCCAAGGCGCCUAGAAGGCCUAUUGUCUCGGACUUCGACAUAGCAAGGAAAGACCCGCAUGAUAAACGGACUGCUAUCUCUCAGAGCAAGCCAUGGCUUGACCGGACGGGAUGGCCUCAGAUCUUCGAGGGCGCCAACUGUGCAGUACUAGUAGCCCUCACAGCUACACCUUCGAACCCGCCUACUAGGCUCCUGCACCUUGGAAAGGGGCUCCAUCCUGCGACCGCUCCAUACAUCAGCACACGAGGAGAUGAGGUGAAGAUAUCUGGGCUCAUUACUAUGGCCGACUGGAUACUCUCUCGCUGUGAGGAGACAGCCCGCGGAACGUCCUGCUCGGUUCUCUGCUGGUUCCGGAGCCUUCACCCGGAUAAGAUAUAUCCAAAGCCAUUCACUCUAGUAUCAGCAAAGUCUAGCCGACGCAGAUAUCUGCGGGUCUUCCAGCGUUUCAUAGCCUUCGUCUUCCGUGUUUAUCGCUUACCAGACUUUCAGCGUCACGACCUUCUCUCCGUCCGAUUUGACUCAGAACAGCAGCAGCUACUUCGAGCUAUCUGGUUCCACGAAGCCUGGAGUGGGGAACAGCUUCUUCGAUGGAUUCUAGCCGGGAAACCGGCUUGUCAGCCACGGUUAACCCCUACGAUGGAGCGGUCUGCAACAAAAACCAGCCAGCAUCCAGAAUAUAAAAGAGAACAGAAACAUAACACGUCAAACCUCUCCUCGGCUAAACCACAAUCGAGAAAACGGUCAUUUACUACCUAUCAGCAAGCCGCCAAGAUUGAUUUCGAACGGGCGAGUACGAGGAGUAGUCAAGAUAUUGACGAGGACGAAGAUGAGAGCGACUAUUUUGACGAGGACUUGAGCGACUCGGAUUUCAGCGACGGACAGAGCGAAACAGGGGAUAGUGUCCAAAACACUAGUAUCCCUAAGCAUCAGGCCAGCUUCUUCGAACCACCACUAGGCCGACUUCUCGAAUUACUCUUCAAGCUAGCGAUCACUUUCUGCACCGAGGACUUCAUCGACGGCCAUCCCAACUCAACACAUCUCGUCUACUUCAGUAGUAUUCUCGGCAUUAAAUCCGAUAGCCAAGGGUUUCGAACGGCAAGGCUGUAUACUCCGACCCUCUCAGCCUUAAUCUAUGUGCAGCGGCUUCUCUUCCUGGAGUAUGCCCUCCCUCUCGAAUCAUACGAUCACAUCGGAAUUCCUCAGCGUCCGCGAUACCGGCAAUUUGAGCGGCUUGAUUCCGUACGACAUAGGUUUAUGCUAAAUGGGUUCAGUUUCGUCAGCCAUCCCUAUAAUAAGCUGACCCAUGCCUACGUUCAGCUGUUCAAGCAGGCUUGUGUUCCUGCUUCUGGGCUGUUCGACGAGACGAGCGGCAUAUGGAAAGCAAGCGCAGUCUUACGAUACCAAAGGAAGGCAGAGAGGCUGUUGGAAUCCCUUGCAGGCUGCAUCCACACGAUAGGCGGCCAGACUGGGCGAUCACCAGAGCUUUUUAGUCUCACAUACCAGAACAGCGCACUUGGUGAACGCGGUUUAUACAUCUACAACGGCUCGCUGUACCGACAACUUGUUAUUGGAAUAACGGAGAAGCACGUCGCGGAAAUCGCCACGCCAUUUAACCGGUACGAUGACAUAAGUCCAGACGCGAGCAUCAAUGCCGUCUUUGCCUGGCAGAGCAGCCAUCGCCCUAUGCAGCGCGCGAAUACAUACGGACUCGAUGGGGCUUUCCCCACGCAACUCCAGCCAGCCCUAUUACGUAUCUAUGAGUGGGCGUCGUUUCGCUGGCAUGAGUUCUUACGUCAGCCAAGUCGACGAAUGCCUCCUGCCGCUCGUUCAUCGUACACGACGCUCCACCCGCUCAUGGACGAACAGCGGGAUAGUCCUCAGCCAGAGAGUUUAGCACUUCCCACACGGAUACGGCAGUUUCCUUAG